AUGGCUAUCAAGAAAGCCGAACAAAAGGAUGGAUGGACAGCAGAACGAACGUUACGACAGCUUGGACGUAUCAUUGAAACUGAAGCAACGGAAACUUACACUACGACACUUGUGAAACAGUACAAGUCAACGAACGCGAACAAGGACUGCAUCGGAAGCAAGAACAUCAUCGCGGAAUGUCUCGUGAAGUGCGCAACCAUGGCGCCGAACCUGCACGAGCAAACCACGACCAUCCUUUUGGACAAUAUCACGACAUCUUCAGGAGGGGACAGCAGAUCAGCUAUCAAAACAACCCGCAAAGGAGAGGAGAUUGGCGAAAUCAGCGUUAUUACAACAGAUUCCAGUCGCCACGUAACUCCACGCAGCAUUUAUGUGAGUUCUGUAAUGUCGACAAUCAUAACAUGUGGCAAUGCCAAUUACAUGCGAGUUCCAAGAACAUACUCGAUCUCGCGAGAUGUGCUUCCGUUGCCUCUGCACUGGGCAUCUAGCAGCGCGGUGCACCAAUUGGACCAAUCGACGCAGAGUCCUGGUUUCAGCAAGGCACAACUGAACGAAUCACUCGAUAUUACUUCUCAAACCAGUCGGCUGUAG